UGGUGUGUGUGUGUCGGGUCUUUCUUGCCUCUGGCAUUGAAAGGUCCUGGUGUAGGUUACAGAUUGUGAAAUUUGGCUCACAUGUGUGCCGGCUAGUAAAAAUGUUCAAAGGUUGCUGACUGCUCAGCAUGACUUGGUCAGACAGGACCAGAGAGACUGUAGUCCCGGCCAGGGAAGGAACUUUCACCUACACCGCAAGCAGAUGGAGCCAGUCUCUCUCCCAGCGCUGUCCCGAGUCGCCAUCUGCGGCGGUACCCAUGGCAACGAGAUGUCGGGCGUGUACCUGGUGAGGGAGCUGCAGAGGCAGAAGCUGGAGAAGGCAGGGUCGGCGACCUUGACCACGGUCAUAUCCAACCCGCGUGCCGUCCAAGUGUGCAAAAGAUACACCGACAUGGACCUCAACCGCUGUUUCACUGACGCCAUACUCAGUUCACCUGUGACGGUCGCCACCCCGUACGAGGUGAGGCGAGCCCAGGAGCUGAACACACUGCUUGGGCCCAAGGGCAAAUUGGGGGCCGUGGACUUGGUGUGUGACCUCCACAACACCACAGCCAACAUGGGCCUCAGCCUCAUCUCCUACUCUGUCCAAGACUGGGUCAUCAUGCACAUCUAUAGACAAGUCCAGAGGAAGAUAACCUCAGCGCCCGUGAGGUUUAUCCUGCUGGAUCUACCCCUAGCUGAUGUCUACUCUCAGGACUCCCUGGGCAAGCAUGGCUUCUCGAUAGAGGUGGGACCUCAACCCCAUGGUGUGGUCAGAGCCGACAUCUUCAACUUAAUGAAGGAGGCGGUCGACCAGACACUAGAUUGGGUCCAGUGCUUCAACUCAGGAAGUGCCUUUGAAGGUGGCGAGGUGGACGAUGUGUACACCUUUGUGAAGAGUGUAUACUACCCAAGAGACCCAGAGACCAAUCAAAUCACUGCUGCCAUACAUCCCCAAGUGCAGGACCGUGACUUCUGCCUCCUCCAUCCGGGAGAUCCCAUGUUCCUGAUGUUUUCUGGGGAGAUAGUUAAGUACGAAGGGGAAGAAGUCCUCCAUCCCUUCUUUGUGAACGAGUGUGCAUACUAUGAGAAGAGUAUUGCCUUCCACCUGGCACGAAAGAUGACAGUCACUAUACCCCCCUUGCAAGUGAAGAGAGAUUGAUGAAGAGAGAGGGGGAGGAAAAGAGAGAAUUUAAAGAGUGGGAUAAUUAAAGGGAAAACACACACUGAACCUUAAGAAGCACUUACUAGUCUAACCUAAUUUUCAAUUGAUUUUGAAUUCCAUUGUUUUUUAUCAUCACCAAAUAACCUCAGGCAUACCUGUAUGUGAAAUUAUGCAGUUCAAUGCAAUAAUCUAGUAUGUCAAUUAAACAUACAUUUUUUGUUUAA